UUUAAUCUCCUCUCCUUCCUCUCUUCUUCUUCAUCAAUAUUCUCCUCUCAUUUCUCUUUCUAUUAUUAUUAUUAUUAUUAUUAUUAUUACUCUCUAAUAAAUUCAUCACAAUUAUUUCCACCAUGAAGCUCAUCAAAAACAUCCCCAAUAAAAUUAAGCUCUUCAAAUCCAAAAAAACCCGAUCCAUUUCAAGAUCCGAAAACCCAUCAUUCGGAUCAUCCAUAACAACAUCCUCUUCAUCUUCCAACAUCUUAUCCACACCAACCAGCGUGUUACCCACUACUCAAUAUCAGAUACAAGCCUUUGAUAACGACGGGAAGAUACGGAAGGAAGAAUUAGAGGCAAUUUUGACCCGAGUUGGAUCCGAGCCACCAAGUGAAGAAGAAGUUAUAUUAUUACUUAAUGAAGUAGAUUUAAAUGGAGAUGCAUUUGGUUCGCCAUUAUGUGACGGUGAUUUAAGAGAUGCGUUUGAUUUCUUUGACGUUGAUCAUGAUGGAAAGAUAACGGCUGAAGAGUUGUUUAAUGUGUUUACAAUGAUUGGUGAUUCACGGUGUACGUUAGAGGAUUGUAAGCGUAUGAUAAGAGGUGUUGAUAAAAAUGGAGAUGGAUUCGUAUGUUUUGAGGACUUUAGUCUUAUGAUGGAACAUCAGAGAUGAUUAAUUCAUCAUAUUGCUAAAAAUAUAUUAAGUCUUUUUUUUGUGAUUAUUGGAGAAUUUGGAUUUAUUAGGAAGUGUGAUUAUGCCAGUAUUAUUGUGUAUUAAAAUGUAUGGGCACAAAUGCCUUGUUCUUUUACCCAUGAAAUGAAAUGGGAUUGGAAUAAUAUAUAUACACAUUCAGAUUCUAGUUC